AAAGAUGACAGAGCUGCAAAGCCUUGUUGAACGACUGGAGAAAGCCGUGGGGCGACUGGAGAUGGUGUCUCGUGGUCCUGGCGUGCACGGCAGCCAUGGGGACAGCCCCCCAAAAGGAGUUGCUGAGUUUGUGCAAGCUUUUGACGAGCUCUUGGCAGGUCCAGUGGCUGCAUACAUGAAGAUCAGCAGAGAAAUUGGCAGCGAAGUCCAAAAACAUGCUGAGAUGGUCCAUGCUGGAUUGAUGACCGAGAGAAUUCUCCUGAUGACAGCCUCUCAGUGCCAACAGCCCAUAGCAAAUAACUUCUCCGUCGUGUUGAAGCCAAUAUCGGAUCAGAUCCAGGUGGUCCAGAACUUCAGAGAGAAGAACCGUGGCAGCAAAUUCUUCAACCACCUCUCGACAGUUAGCGAAAGCAUCCCUGCACUAGGCUGGGUUGCCAUGGGACCUCAGCCAACUGAUGCAGAAAACGGAUCUCGGGCUCCUGUUCGUCGUGGCCCACCACCUCCUCCCCCUGGCCCUCCUCCCCCUCCAGCCCCCGCCUCCCCAAAUGCUGGGUCAGAUUCCUCUGCCUCCCGUUCAGCGCUUUUUGCUCAGAUCAAUCAGGGAGAAGCCAUCACUACUAGCUUGAAACACGUGUCCGAUGAGAUGAAGACCCACAAAAACCCGUCGCUGAAAAGCCAAGGGGGUCCUGUGCGAACGGGGCCCAAACCGUUCACGGCUGCCAAGCCUACCUGCACAGUCAACGUUUCCUCCAAACUGCCCACGAAGAAGGAGCCCCCCAUGCUGGAGUUGGAAGGCAAGAAGUGGAGAGUGGAAAACCAAGAGAACGCCUCCAACUUGGUGAUCAGUGGCACGGAGUUGAAGCAGGUGGCCUAUGUCUACAAGUGUGUGAACAGUACACUCCGUAUCCAAGGGAAGAUCAACUCCAUCACGCUGGAUAACUGUAAGAAACUUGGGCUGGUAUUUGAUGAUGUGGUGGGCAUUGUUGAGAUAAUCAACAGCCGUGAUGUUCAAAUUCAGGUAAUGGGAAAAGUGCCAACCAUUUCCAUCAACAAGACAGACGGUUGUCAAGUCUACUUGAGCAAGAGCUCUCUAGAGUGUGAGAUUGUUAGUGCCAAGUCCUCGGAGAUGAACGUUCUUGUUCCUACAGACAGCGGUGACUUUAACGAAUUUCCUGUCCCUGAGCAAUUCAAGACGCAAUGGAACGGGCAGAAGUUGGUCACCACGGUGACAGAAAUCGCUGGAUAAGAUGGCCCUCCUGCUUCACGACCUCCCCUUCCUCUACCAUCACUUUGGGACAAAAAAAA